UUUCGAAGCCUAAUAUACAAACCUUGAAGUUUUGCUUGAGUCCUGCUUAGAGUAUAUCUGCAUGGAUAAUGUAGUCUUCGGUGCUUGGAUUCUUUCUGCUACAUAAGAAUGUGAUAGGGGAAUAUAUGACACACAUGCUGCAAGUUAUCUAAGAUGUUAUCUUGGAUAACCGAAAAUUUCUCAUCAUAAGCACUACUCAAUUGCUCUAUUGUGGCAAUGGCAGUCAUGGGAGAUCAUAAGCAGGAUUUUUAGAUAUGAUGAUGAACUGCACACGAGUUCAUAAUUAUAGUGUAUCAGAUAAUUAGAGCAGAUGAUUAGACAAAAAGAGAGGGGAAGUAGGCCUCUUUCCCUUGUAAUCAACCUUGCCUGCUAUAUUGGUAUAGACUUCAUGCUGAAUCCAAGAGAGGGUAGAUAGAUUACUCUGAGUUGUAGUUGUGGAGCUCAAUGAUCUUGAGAGAAAGAACUAGGUCAGUGCAACUUGGAAAGGGAAGGAAGGAAGUCAUGAUGCAGACAUGGUGCAUGUCAGAGGACAUUGUAGCUUUACAAGGCUUGCAGUUGAAGCAGUCUACACCAUGCUGAACUCCAUGGAAUGAUAAACUAUGGCCUUUCCCUACUAUAUAAUGCACAGACUUGCAACUGGCAGAUCUGUGAGAGGCAAUGACUACUUCUUUUCACCUCCUAUGGGGCCUCUUCCUCUGUCAUUGGCUUUAUUGCAGUCACUGCUUGCCCACAGGCCAUGUGCACAUAGUCUACCUGGGCCACAGCCAUGGCCAAGAUCCUCUCCUCACCACCAAGCUCCAUGUCAAACUUCUCUCCAGUGUCUUCUCCAGGCAAGAAGAAGCAGAGGAAGCCAUGGUGUACAGCUACAGGCAUGGCUUCUCUGGUUUUGCAGCGAUGCUCAACUCAACACAAGCCUCCACCUUGGCGAGUUUCCAAGGGGUGAUAUCUGUGUUCAGGAGCAAGUUGCUGCAGCUGCACACGACGAGGAGCUGGGAUUUCAUGGGUCUCAGCUUGAACAUUCAGCAAAGGAUUCCAUGGCAGUUGGAUUACGGCGAUGGCAUCGUAGUUGGCAUCUUCGAUACUGGCAUAUGGCCUGAAUCCGAAUCCUUCAAGGAGGAGCCCGGAAUGCCGCCGGUGCCGCAGUCAUGGCGCGGCACCUGCGUAAAGGGCGACAAAUUUGAACCAAAGAAGGCAUGCAAUCGUAAGCUUGUCGGUGCCAGAUACUACCUCAAUGGCUUCGAGCGUGAGUUCGGGCCGCUGGACACAAGUGGGGACGGCGAGUACCGGUCGCCGCGAGACCGUAUCGGGCACGGGACGCACACGGCGUCCACCGCCGCCGGCUCCACUGCCGCGAACGCCAGCUACUUCGGCCUGGGCCUCGGCGCUGCACGGGGCGGCGCACCCCGGGCACGGCUUGCAGUGUACAAGGUGUGCUGGUUCAAGGACUUUGAUGGCAAGUGCACCGAGGCGGACGUGUUGGCAGCCUUCGACGACGCUCUGUGCGACGGAGUUAGUGUGAUAUCAGCCUCGCUGGGUUCUUCGCCGCCAUUGAUGCGAUUCUUUCGGACGAGCACAGACAUCGGGUCGUUCCACGCAGCGCAGGUGGGAGUCACGGUGGUCUUCUCCGCCGGGAACGAUGGCCCGGAGCCAUCACUCGUGCAGAAUGUGUCGCCAUGGAGCAUCUGCGUCGCCGCUGGGACCAUGGAUCGAACGUUUCCAACACAGAUCCUUCUGGGGAACAACCUCUCCUUCAUGGGUGAAGGCUUUGUCAGAAAGGAAAUGAAGAUGAAGUUAGUCGACAGUAUCAAAUUCUUUGAUGAUGGAUCAUGUUCCUUUGACAAAUGGAACCACAAGCUUGCCACAGGGAAGAUUGUUCUUUGCUUCUCCUCAAUAGGGCAGGUGUCCAGCACAACCGCAGCCCUAUCGGUCUUGACAGCCAAUGGAUCUGGCAUCAUCUUUGCCCAGACCACAACGGAGCAAGCAGCUACAGAUGACUACCUUCCAUCUGUUCAAGUUGAUCUCAGUCAAGCUACUCAAAUCCUCUACUACAUACAGUCAUCCAAGGAUCCCACAGUACGUGUUCUUCCCAGCAGAACAAGUAUCGGCUGCUCACCGGCUCCUUCUGUUGCAUACUUCUCAUCGAGAGGACCAAAUUCUGCCACUCCAAACAUCCUCAAGCCUGACAUCACUGCUCCUGGGGUGAAUGUACUAGCGGCGUGGUCUCCGAAAUCUUCACCCACUCUGCUGCCAUUCGAUGAGAGAUCUGUGAAGUGGAACUUCAACUCCGGGACUUCCAUGUCGUGCCCCCACGUCUCAGGCAUUGCAGCCCUCAUCAAGUCGGUUCACCCCACCUGGUCCCCUGCAAUGAUCAAGUCCGCUUUGAUGACCACAGCUUAUGCGAGGGAUACGAGCUCAGAUAGUAUAUUAGCAGGAGGAACUCUGAAGCCGACGGAUGCCUUCGACAUGGGCGCGGGGCACGUAGAUCCCCUGAGGGCAUUGGAUCCAGGGCUGGUGUACGACAUGGGAGCUCGAGACUACGUCGUCUUCCUCUGCAGCUUAGGGUACACGCAGGCGCAGAUAAAAUCCAUGCUCCUCCCAUCGCCCGGCGUCGACACCAGCUGCGGCGGCGACGAGUCGGAUCUCGACCUGAACUACCCGGCCAUCACGGUGUCGGAUCUCAGCUGCUCCACGACGAUACGUCGAACGCUUCGCAACGUGGGUAGGAUUAAGAACGCGGUCUACUUCGCGAGCGUCAGGAGUCCUCAGGGAGUGCAUGCCGUGGUGUGGCCGAGGCUACUGCUGUUCUCGAGGAGGAAGGAGAGGAUUACGUACUACGUGACGAUGAUCCCUUUGAAGAGGUCGCAGGGGCGAUAUGACUUCGGGGAGAUCGUGUGGUGUGACGGCCAUCAUCGCGUGAGGACUCCAUUGAUUGUGCAUGUCAAUACUACGAAGGAUGGAGGGAGCAGCAGCAGCAGCAGCUCCUCCUCAUUGGGAGGUCUCCAAGUUGCAUGACUGGAGAUGAAGUAUGAAGUCUGCACUGCGCUAUUGCUUUUUAUCUUCUUCUUGCUAUCAUCUUGAGAUUGUGGUAGGAUUUCCAGGAACUUCGACUGCUAACUUGUUGGAGUAGUUCUUAGUUGUGAUGAAGGAGCUCAGAGGAGCUUUU